CAAUACCAUCCAGGUGGCGCCUCCCCAUUGCUCAACCUCGCCGGUCAAGACGUAACCGACGCCUUCCUCGCUUUCCACCCCAACCACGCCUUCAGCCGCCUCCAACCUUUCUUCACCGGCUCCUACCUCGCCAACCACAACGUCUCCGAAGCUUCCAGAGACUACCGAAACCUCCUCUCCACCUUCACAAGAAUGGGCCUCUUCGACCAUAACCGCGGCGUUCUCGCUUCUCUCCUCUUCAUUUUCAUUAUGUUCUGUUUAUGCGUUUACGCGGUUCUCUUCGCCCAGACCGGCCUGGUUCGCGUUGCCUCGGGCGCUUUGAUGGGAUUUUUAUGGAUUCAGAGCGGUUGGAUUGGUCAUGACUCCGGUCAUUACAAGAUUGUUAGUUCCAAGAAACUGAACCGGGUUCUUCAAAUUCUUUCCGGUAAUGUUCUGGCCGGAAUUAGCAUUGGUUGGUGGAAAUGGAACCACAAUGCGCAUCACAUUGCUGUUAACAGCCUCGAUUUCGAUCCCGAUCUUCAACACCUUCCGUUCUUCGUCGUCUCUUCGAGGUUCUUCAAUUCACUCUUUUCUUGCUUCUACGAGAGGAUCAUGAAAUUCGAUUCGUUUUCUAGGUUAUUGGUUAGUUAUCAGCAUUGGACAUUUUACCCUGUUAUGUGCUUCGCUAGGCUCAAUUUGUUUGCGCAAUCUUUCAUGCUGUUGUUUUCGAAUCGGAAGGUUCCUGAUAGAGGAACUGAGAUUUUAGGGCUAAUUGCUUUCUGGAUUUGGUACCCUUGCUUGGUUUCUUGUUUGCCUAAUUGGGGGGAAAGGAUUUUGUUUGUGUUAGCAAGCUUUUCUGUUACUGGAAUUCAGCAUAUUCAAUUCUGUUUGAACCAUUUCUCUGCCAAAGUUUAUGUUGGUCCUCCAACCGCAACGGAUUGGUGUGAGAAGCAGUGUAAUGGUACUCUUGAUGUAAGUUGUUCUUCUUGGAUGGAUUGGUUCCAUGGAGGUUUGCAGUUUCAGGUUGAGCAUCACUUGUUUCCAAGGCUACCGAGGUGCCAUCUUCGGAAGAUUUCUCCCUUUGUUAAGGAUCUUUGCAAGAAGCAUAAUCUUCCUUACAAUUGUGUGUCCUUCUGGAAGGCAAAUGCUCUCACGAUUCGGACGCUCAGGGACGCUGCGCUGCAGGCUCGCGAUGUUACUAAUCCUGUUCCAAAGAAUCUUGUUUGGGAAGCUGUUAACACUCAUGGAUGAGUCGCAACUGGGCACUGGCAAGGUUCUUGUUGUGUUGCUUGGCUUUGAAGAAAUUGGGAAUAAUUGGUUGCGAAUUGGUUAGAGAGGCGUCAAUCCGGUGUGGUUGCAGCAGAUUCGACUAAUUUACUAUCAAAAUUGAUACCUGGAAUGUAUGGUUUAAUAUAUUGUUCUCUAUCUUGAUUCUGCUCUGCACUUCAUUCAUGCUACAGAGAGUGGAAUGUAAGUAAUGCUAUUAUUAUUAUUCUUUAAAAGCUUCAUAAUAGUUUGAAUUCAAUGUGUAUUGUAGCACAUUAUUAUGCAUGGGAAGGGAAUUCAUUUGAAAUUUGUCUCCUUUCCUUCUUAUUGAUCGACUAGUUGCUCCUAUCAGUUUGGUUAUGCAACUUUGUUCAUUGUAUUGUGAGAUUUUGUUAUUUAUGAAAGAACAUCAUCAUUUUAGUUUUAUCA